AUGGAUUCUCAUGUUCUAACGCUGGAAAACCAAAAUGAUCAAUUCGAUUGGUUAUAUUCAGAACACGCUCCUCCCCCUUUCGGAACAUGGCAACAACAAGAUUCAAGAAUAUUGUCCAAUGGAGGUUUAUUCAACUUUGAGUACUUUGAUCCCUUUCAAUUUCCCAACGAUCUUCAAAACAAUAAUUUACCAUUUUUUGAGCUUAAAGAGUUGGAAGAAAUAUGUCAAGAUUUGGGCACGUUAGACGUCAGACUACCUCCAUUUCAAGAAGACAUUCCGCAGAACAUGACAUUUAGUCCUUUAGAGGAAUGUCAAAACGUGACAAGUGCUCGAAAUGAAGUUCAUAUGCAGGAUAAGAACUACUACGACUAUACAGUUGGAGAAAUAGAAUUUAGCAGUGGAACUAAUAAUAAGGAGUUAAUUAGGAAGCGAAAUAAUAAUGGAAGGCAUAAGAAGAGUGAUACCUUAGAAUUGGAUGAGAUACAGAGGUAUUUUCAUGUACCAAUAAACAAAGCAGCCAAGGAGUUGAGAGUUGGAUUGACAGUGUUGAAGAAAAGAUGUAGGGAACUUAAUAUCAUGCGAUGGCCUCAUCGUAAGAUUAAGAGUUUGCAGACUCUCAUUGAUAGCGUUAAGGAAAUGGGACUGACAAGUGAAGUAGAGAUGCUAGAAGAGCACCAAAGAAUGCUAGAGAAAGUACCUGAAAUGGAGCUAACUGAAAGAACCAAGAAGCUGCGUCAAACCUGUUUUAAGGCUAAUUACAAGAAAAGAAGGGCCGGAAUGGCUGCUUUUAGCUUUUAA